AUGAUUAAUAAAUUCUUUACAAAAUAAGCCUCUUAAUUAGUAUAAAAAUCUAUCAAAAAUCACGGUGGAUUAGAUCGUUUAGCAUCUUCUGAUGAUGCCACAAAGGUAUGCUUAGAAUCAAUAGCUGGAACAAUUAAAGGUCUUUAAAAAGCCAAUUAUGUUGUUGAACAUAAUCCAAAUUUAACUGCUGAAGAAAAAUCUAAACUUAAGCAAUUCUUAGUAUAUCGUUUUGAUCCAUCAGAUCCUCAUGAUUAACCCAAAUAUAUUAGUUAUUGGGUAGAUAUUAAAAAAUUUUCUCCUAUGUUCUUAGACGCAAUUCUUUAUAUUAAAAAUGAAAUGGAUCCUACCCUUUCUAUUAGAAGAUCAUGUAGAGAAGGUAUUUGUGGCAGUUGCGCAGUAAACUGUGCUGGUCUUCAUACACUUGCAUGUAUUAAUGGAUUUGACAGAGAUUUAUAAAAACCUACAGUUAUUACACCAUUAGGUCAUAUGUUUAUUUUGAAAGAUUUAGUAGUUGAUAUGACUAACUUUUAUGCUUAAUAUAAAACUAUUGAGCCUUAUUUAAAGAGAAAAAAUCCAAAACCUGAAGGUGUUACUACUGAGUAUUUAUAAUCUCCUGAAGAAAGAGCUUUAUUAGAUGGUUUGUAUGAAUGUGUACUUUGUGCAGCUUGCUCUACUUCUUGUCCUUCUUAUUGGUGGCAUCCGGAUAGAUAUCUUGGUCCUGCUAUUUUAUAAUAAGCUUAUAGAUGGAUUAUUGAUAGCAGAGAUGAAUACACAGAUGAAAGAAUUGAAAGACUUUCUGAAGAUGUAAGACUUGAUGAUUGUUAAUAAAUCGGUAUGUGCUCUUUUACAUGUCCUAAAGGUUUAAAUCCUUAACUUUCUUUGAAAAACUUGAUGGAUAUGGUUAAAGAUUUUAGAGCUAGAAAGGCUGAAUCAGAAAUACUUUGAGAAAAAAUUUAUUUAGUUUUAAACUAAAAGAGUCAGAUUUAUAUAUUAUAUAUAGUUGGAUUAAAAUAUAUAUAUAUAUUUUUAUUUUAUUUUAUAAUUAAUUUUAUUUUAUAAAAUAGAUAUGCAUAUUUAUUAUAAAUUAGAUAUUAAUUACUUUUUUUAAGAUUUUAUAUAUUUAUAUUUUAUAUAUAUUUUUUAGUUUAUUUAUUAAAUAUAUAAACAUUUUAAAAUAAAAAAC